AUGGUGGAAAGUGGGCUGAUUCCUAGCCAGCUGUGCCGAUUGCUUGACAUCCUAGAUCGUGCAGAGGGAGGGAUUCUCAGUCUCGAGGAUAACCCAUGGGCUGAGCCCCUAGAGUCCAUCGUGACCAAAGGCCCAAAGAGUAUCAGAGGAUAUUUCGAAGUUCUGUAUGCCGAACCCUGCCGGCUCCAGCGCAGCAGCGUCAACGUCAUUCUUGUGGGGCAGGAAGGUGCAGGGAAUACAAGUCUGUGCCAGAGCAUGAAGGCCAAUGAAGCAACUUCUACGGGCGACUGGAAGGAGGAGAGCACAGUUUUCGCUGACGUGGAGCCCAUGGAACUCGAAGGUUCAUCCGUUCGACUGUACGAUUGCGCUGGACAGGCCGCCUACACCGGGUUGCUGCAAAUGUUCAUGACGCCACGGUCGGUCUGCGUGUUAAUGUGCAACGUGGAGGCUUUCGGGCAGCGGCGAGGUCGCGACACUGGUGGUCAGAUAUCGGAAAACUGUCGCAAGCUGGAAGAACUGCAAGUGUGCGAGUGGCUACGAUUGGUCUCUCGACGCGUUCCCGACAACGACGCCAUCUUGGUGGCCACGAAGUGUGAUCUGGUUUGCGGAAACGCCCCGGAGCCCGUUCGUUUGGAGCACGGUGUUGGCCUCACGAGCUGCCGGCCAACAGGAGUUCGUGAGCACGGCGAGAGGCGUGCCGCAAACCACACGCUGGAGGGCGGCUGGGUGUGCGACUGGCGAGGCCAUGUUGACGAUGCCUCCGCGCCCAGUUUGCUCCACCGGCUGGUCAACAAACCCGCCGGGGGUGGUCUUCGAGGAACGCAGUUGGUGCUUCCUCGCAGCUGGGACAUUGCCCUCACAGUUCUUGAAGCUCUGGAGAUUGGACGAACGUGGGGUGGGGCGGAUGAAGACAUCAUUGCCAAGUGGCUGGAGACAGUUGAUGAGCUUGCGAGAAGAGAGAUCACGGUCACUAGCGCCAAGAACAGGGAGUUCGAUGGAUCCCUCGUUCGCCGCGAGACAUCUGUCUUUCUGGACGUCGUUUGGCUGGUCAGAAUCCUCAAGCCCUUGCUCAAUCGCAAGGACGAAGAGACCUUCGACGGGCUUGUGAAUCGUGGGGACACAGGCAACACACGUGUCACCCUCGAGGAUCCGUUAGACAUCGAUUCGUGGGGCAGGCUCAAAAACGAGGGAGUGCUAGAACCCAGAUUGGCGUGUGCAUUGUGGCCUGACGGCCUGUCCGAGCACGUUCUCCCCACCCUUGCAUCAUCGGGUCUCACGUUCCCGCUCGAAAACGAUCCUGCUGAGGGCCUGGUAGUCCUGCUAAGGCAAAAAUCAGACUGCCCCGAGAGUGUGGGCAAAGUGAUCAACACAUUCUUCUUGGAACACAUCCCGGCAUUCAGCGCAAGUUGGAAGACCUUCCUUGGUGUACCGCCUGGUACAAUAGAGAAGAUGUUUACGCGGUGCUGCAAUCUCGGUGGCGGCUGGCACGACAUGUUUGCCGUGGCCUUGGAGUACUCAUUCGCCAGCAACGAACCUACUGCCAAUAUUUUCGGCGACAUCAGCACUCCAAGUCCGUGGAUGGCACUUUCGUAUGUCAUGUCUGCUGUGAGUUUGAUGAUGCGGGAUUUCCCAGGUCUACGCUCGAGAGGCUCUCUGAAGUGCCCUCAGCAUGGCGACGCGAUGCUCUUGGCGACCAAGGUGACUCGCCCUGGAGACAAGUUCCUGGAAGGCAGUGGAUGCCCACAAUGCAGCGCCGACACCAGAGGACUCGAGGCUGCAGCUAUCGAUCUCGUGCGGAUGUUCGACAUCCGAUUUGACCGAGGCGUACAGCACAGCUUCAAGGAGGAGGACUUGUUGAUUCAAAAGAUUGAUGGCGUGGCGAUAGCUGUACAGGGAGGGUUCAACGAGAUGGAGGGAGAAGUUGACGGCAUUAUGGGCCGGCUGGACAAUGUGCUCGAGAACACCCAGGAAAGCCUUAUGCGCCUCAAGAACUUGCAGGCCCCGAACUACCUAUACCCUCGCCUUGCGGCGGUAGAGGAAGUUGCAUCUGGUAGCACGCCGUCGAGAGCGCAUGGGAUGAAGAGGGUGCUGAGCAAGCUUCGUGGCGUAGAGAAGAAGGAGAUGAUGCUGCACUUCUUGGGCCCGGUCGACAUGACUAAGGUGCCGUGCGGCUACGGUGGCGAAGGCUAUUGGUUUUGGGAGACGCGUGGAUGGGUCAAGAAAAUAUCGACUGUGCUGCAGGACUUAUUUCUACUGUCACUUACAUCGUAAAAAUAUCUCCUCUUCAACUUGAAAUAAAACCAAUGACAAUCCUCCUGGUAUUUAUUUAUUUAUUUAUUUUUGCCUUCCGACAAUUGCAGAUGUACCUCAGAAAACUUUCACUUAAUGUCUCAUACUCUACAUGAAUAUUAAACCAAUACGAAGUACAACAACAUAUGUAGGACUUAUUUCUACUGUCAUUUACAUCGUAAAAGUAUCUCCUCUUCAACUUACCAAUGACAAUCCUGAUGGUAUCCUAUAUGCGUUCGUAAGCUUGCAAAAAUACUACUGCGUUGAUGUCCGCUUGUAAAAGCUGAAAUCCAACAAAUGCUUUGAUCCAUGCUACAUCUCCGUGUUGGAAAAGCCCUUUCAUCUCCGUUCAUGAUAACAUCUUACCCUAUUCUACGCAAAUCUGUCACAUCUACUCUCAAACAAGACGCCAACUUCAAACGAAAACGCGUUCUACGAUGCGUCUACACUCCAUCCCCAUAUCAUUGGCGCUGACUGGUUCGAGGUCGAUCUUGUUCGCCUGUUUUCGGCGUCUUGACGCCCGCGCAAUGCGAGCUUGUACCUCUGCACUCGCCGAGAUAUGGCCACCUGUGUAGCCACCGAAACGAUCUGAAGAAGUCGUUCCUUGAAGACUCCUUUCAGAGCCAUCGUUCCUCCGUCCCUUCCUCCCACGGCAUGUAUUGCUAAAAACGUGAACAAUGAUACUGUGGUGGAUUUCUGUGCCGUCCGUUCUUGUGUUUGUUCUCUCCCAAGGUGGCCGUGGUGACCGCGAAGGUGGCGCUGAACGCAACGGCAGGACUGAACGUGAACAUCUCGGAAUUCCUGAAAUAUGCGUGCGACAGCUCUAACCUAACCACUUCGGUGGAAAGCGGAUUUCUGUUGGAAACGGUGUCGGGAGUGCUGAGGGGGGAGGGCUUGGCCCUUGUGGCUGAAGGUGGCGAGGAAGUAGGAACAGGGGGUGGCAGUGUCGGGGGUCUGGGGGAACAUGGGCUUGAAUGGGGGUUGCCUCAGAAAGAGCAAGACGGCGGAUGUUUCUCUCUUGGUGUGACCGGUGGCAGUAUCGAUCAGCAAUGCCGCACAGACUUUUGCGCGCCGAAAUAUGCGUGCGACAGCUUUAACCUAACCACUUCGGUGGAAAGCGGAUUUCUGUUCAAUACGGUGUCAGGGGUACCAGGGAAGACGGGGCCGAGUUUUGUUUGAUUUCGGGUGGAUGAGGUUGGGGUUUUGUUCGUUUUUCUCCAUCUAAGGUUCGUGCCUAGAGUUCAGCUGUAGUGUUUCGACCAAAGUCUUGUUGACUUAGACGCAAAGAUUCCUAGCUAUUGGGCAUCGAGUUAAUUUGGCUUGGC